AACCGGUGGAAUCGUGAUACGCGCUGAUAUUUUUAAAAUACCGAAUCGUGACUGUAUUUUAAUAGAUCAGCAGCUGAUCACGACUGGAUUCGCACUGGUGGAUUCUUCAUUCUGUGUCCGUGCACCAACGCUGUAUUUGCUAGUUAUUAAAGCGAGAGAUGGAAUCAAAGCCAACAGGUAAUGGAAGAAUGAGUCAAAUGAAAGAUGCGGGAUUGACAGAAGAUCAUGGAGACACGCAGCAGCUUCCAGAGUCUCAGUGCGGUACUGAUUCAGCUCGGGCACGCUGGAAAAUACUCAGACAGGUAUUAAGACAAAAGCAGCUAGACAGUAUUGAAGUUCAACAAGUAUCAGUGCGUCGGUUCUCCUCCUUCAACCUGUUCACCAGAAGCAGGGUUUCCACCACCGAGAACGACAGUCCAUCUGAUGACCAGUGGAUAGAGUACAAAAGUGCCUGCUUUCCCCAGUACAGUGCCUUACUCAGAGACAACCUUGGCCCUAUCAAAGUGGAGGAGGUGCUCACCAGUUUCGACAACACCGGGAAUGUCUGUGUUUGGCCCUCGGAAGAGGUGAUGGCCUACUACUGUUUAAAGAAUCGUCACAUGUUUACGGGUUCCUCUGUUUGUGAAUUAGGUGGAGGGAUGACAUGUCUCGCUGGGCUCAUGAUUGCUGUCUGCGCUGAUGUGAAGGAAGUGCUUCUGUCUGAUGGGAAUGAGAAGGCCAUCCAGAAUGUUCGUAGAGUUAUCGAGAAGAACAGAAGAAAUGGUCUCUUCACCUGCACUAAUGUAUCCAGUAGGGUGGUGAGAUGGGACAGUGAGGUGGAUGUGUCUGCUCUGGAGGGCCGUUUUGAUGUGGUCAUGUGUGCUGAUUGUCUGUUCCUCGACCAGUAUAGAGCCUGCCUGGUUGAUGCUCUUAGGAGAUUACUGCGACCUGAUGGCACAGCAUUAGUGUUUGCCCCUAUGAGAGGAGACACACUAACAGAAUUCUGCAGACUGGCUGAGAGAGCAGGACUCUUUGUGUGCCGCUAUGAGAACUACGAUUCUCUCAUAUGGGACCUGCACAUUAAGAUGAAAAGAGAAGGAAAGGAGGUGUAUGAUGAGAACAUCCACUAUCCUAUGCUGCUCACCCUCACCCAUAUACCCAGCUCGUGUCUGCUGUAAGCCUGGCAGUACCAGCCUGUUUUGCUGUGCCAUCCCCAGCUCUGCCACUGUGAUCACCAGGAUUUGCUUAACCUGGUCUUUUUCACUCAUAUACUCACAAAGUUUCUAUACAGAAUAUCUUUUUCAGUGUG